AUGGUCAAGACAAAGCUAUACCCAAAGUUCGUUAAAGGACUUCCUGAUGUCAGCGGUAAGGUCUUUGUCAUAACCGGAACAACUUCUGGAACGGGCAAUUGUGCUGCGAAAACCGUCGCCAAGCUAGGCGGUGAAGUGCUUCUUCUCAACCGCAAGUCUGAGCGUUCCACCAAGUCUUUGGCAGCCAUGAAAGACGAGUAUCCAGAAGGCAAGUUCGUACCCAUCGAGUGCGACUUGCAAAGCUUCGAGUCUGUCAAAAAUGCCAUCGCUGAGAUCAAGAGCAAGUAUUCCAGCAUUUAUUGCCUUGCUUGCAAUGCCGGGAUCAUGGCCACUGUCGACAAGGCCACUGUCGACGGUUAUGACACCCAAAUGCAAACCAACCAUCUUUCUCAUUUCCUCAUCGUGGAGGAACUCAUGCCCUUGCUUGAAGCCGGAGCUGCUGCUCACGGUGACGCCCGGAUUGUAACUCACUCGAGCAUGGGACGUGACCUAUGCACAACCCCAGACAAAGGUCUCGAAGCAAAGUAUUUUGGCAAGAACGGUGGAAACUUGGGCGGAGAUUCACUUGGUAUGCUGUCUGGUGCCUGCUACGAUCGCUACUUCCAGACCAAGCUCGCCAACUCGGUACAUAUGUACGGACUCCACAACAAACUGAAGGAAUCUGGAUCAAAGAUCCGCGCCAUUAGUGCCCACCCUGGUGGUUCUUCUACAGGGCUUGAUAACCACUUGAACUAUGGGUUCUUUUGGAAUACUGCGUUGAAAGUCGUCGGUCCAUUGAUGAUUCAGACAGCAGAAGAUGGUGCCAUGGGUCUCAUGAAGGGUAUGAUGGAUCCAUCUGCUGAAUCUGGAGUCUUGUACGGGCCCAAGAAUUCUGGAACGAAAGGACCGGCUGUGCCCAACCCACCAAAGGAAUAUGAAACCAAUGCCAAGGCCAUUGAAAUGUUAUGGAAGACCAGUACCGAAGCUGUGGCCCCAUUCCGUGCUUAG